UCUAGAGGGCGUAUAACAUGCUGCAGACGACAGCGGCAACAUAUGGUCGGGUUGUGCUUGCAUUCGGCUUGUGUACAUUUGUGAAUUGCCGAAAUGGGUAAAACUUCAAAGGAUAAGCGAGAUGUAUACUACAGAUUGGCCAAAGAAGAAGGAUGGCGUGCGAGGAGUGCUUUCAAGUUAAUGCAAAUUGAUGACGAGUUCAAACUUUUGGAAGGUGUUAAGAAUGUUGUCGAUUUAUGUGCUGCUCCAGGAAGUUGGAGUCAAGUCCUUGCCAAGCGGUUACACAAAGAUGGCUUUGACAAUGCUAAAAUUGUGGCUGUAGACCUACAAGCUAUGGCACCACUCAAAGGUGUCAUACAGCUGCAAGGUGAUAUUACUCAAGUGUCUACUGCAAAUGCCAUAAUCGACCACUUCAAAGGAGAAUCGGCAGAUUUAGUUGUGUGCGAUGGUGCCCCUGAUGUCACAGGACUUCAUGAGAUGGAUGAAUAUAUUCAAGCGCAGCUCCUUCUUGCUGCACUAAACAUUACUACGCAUAUUUUGAAACCAGGGGGGGCGUUCUUGGCUAAAAUAUUUAGGGGCAAAGAUAUAACUUUACUUUAUUCACAAUUGAAACUUUUUUUCCCAAAUGUGACUGUUUCAAAACCUCUCAGCAGUAGAAAUUCUAGUAUUGAAUCUUUUGUUGUUUGCCAAAAUUAUUCACCUCCUGCCGAUUAUGUUCCAAACAUGAGCAAUCCUUUACUGGAUCACAAAUACACUGAUUGGAAUGAACUAACAGGCUCCAACAGAAUAAUUGUUCCAUUUUUAGCCUGUGGUGAUUUAAGUGCUUACGACUCUGACACAAAUUACCCCUUGGAGCUGGAAGGUAGGCAACCAUAUGUCUAUCGCCCACCAGUGCAAUCACCCAUUAAACCGCCUUAUGAAGAAUCAAUUCACUUGAAGAAAUGCAAGGCCUUGGGUUUAUGUGUGGAUUCAGCAUCACCAUCCGAGGACCAGAAAGAAAAUGUACAGUCAACUGUAGAGGAGGUAGCUAAGCUUAGCCUUGGUGCAAGUUGUUCAUCUGGAAAUGAGGUAAAUUAGUCAAAUUUAUUUCUGAUAAGUGAUCAAACGCGGAACAUUAUUCACAUCACCUUGUGAUUGUAUUUGUGUAAUUUACAUCUCAAAAUUCCAUUUGCGUUUGCAACUAUUUUGUGUAUUUUAAAUAAAAACACAUCCUGUUUUCA